AUGCUACCUUAUCCGUCCAUUAAUGCUGGUUCAUUUGUGACUAAUGAAGAAGUUGGACAACAUGACAUGAGUGAUGAAUAUGAUACUGAUGAGUUGGAUUCAGAUGUUGAUAGUGAGGAUGGUGUUCGUCGUGAUGGGCCAAAAUUUUCCAGAUAUAAGGCUGAAGAUAUGACAAAGGACUUCAAGUUCAAAUUAGGAAUGAAAUUUUCGUCUUUGAAAGAUUUCAAGCAAGCAUUAAUGGAGCAUAGUGUUUUAAAUGGUAAAGAAGUUCAAUUUGUAAAAAAUGAUCAGAAGAGAGUCAGGGCUGUAUGUAAAAAAAAAUGUGGUUUCUUAAUGAUGGCUAGCAAGGUUGGUGGUAGGGAAACUUUUCAGAUAAAGACAUUGGUUGGGCGUCAUAGAUGUGGCAGGGUAUUUGGGAACAAAAAUGCUAAUUGUGAUUGGAUAGCACAAGUGUUAAUAGACAAGUUUAUGAAUGUGGGUGUAAUGACAGUGAGUCAAAUUAUUGAGGAGAUCAAGAAGACAUAUAGUGUCGGUAUAACCCCUUGGAGGGCUGUAAAAGCUAAGCAAAUAGCAAUGGACUGUUUGGUUGGGGAUGGACAAAAACAGUACAGUCGCUUACAUGAUUAUGUAGCUGAAUUGGUUAGAGUAAAGGCUGGAACAUUCAAAAUUAAGAUCAAUCAGCCUCAACCAAGUAUGCCACCAAGGUUUGGUUGUUUCUACAUGUGCUUAGACGGCUGUAAGACUGGGUUUUUGGCUGGGUGCAGGCCCUUUAUAGGGGUUGAUGGAUGCCACUUGAAAACAACUUAUGGUGGUCAACUUUUGGUUGCAGUGGGCAGGGACCCUAAUGAUCAAUACUUUCCACUUGCAUUUGCUGUUGUAGAAAACGAAUGUAAGGAGACAUGGAGGUGGUUUCUUUCACUACUGCUAGAAGAUAUUGGGGACAUUGAAAACCAUCGUUGGGUUUUCAUCUCAGAUCAACAAAAGGGACUUAUGGCAAUAUUUGAUGAAAUUUUGAAUGGGGUGGAGCACUGUUUCUGCUUGAGGCAUCUUUAUAGUAAUUUCAAGAAGAAAUUUGGUGGUGGGAUAGUUAUCAGAGAUCUUAUGAUGGGGGCAGCAAAGUCAACAUUCUACGCAGGUUGGGAAAAAAAAUGGAUUAGGUCAUACACAAUGAGUAGAUUUGCAACACUAAGAGAAAAAUUAAAUGCAUAUCCUGGUAAUGUUAUGCCUAAGCCACAGAAAAGGCUUGAUAGGGAAGUGGAGAAAAAUGGCAAUUGGCUUCCAGUGUGGGCAGGGGGUGCAAAGUUUGAAGUAACACAAGGGUUCACCAUGGAGAAGUUUGUGGUAGAUCUGAGUAACCAUAGUUGCACGUGUUAUUUUUGGGAUUUGAUAGGCAUACCUUGUAGACAUGUUGUAGCAGCAAUUAAUUAUAAGGUGGAAAACCCUGAAGCUUAUGUGCAUCCAUAUUACAAAAGAGCUGCAUAUGAGGCAUGCUAUAGCCCAGAAAUAACCCCAAUCAAUGGACAACAAUUGUGGCCUAAAAGCAAUAAACCUGAACUACUCCCACCAAUUUAUAAAACACCACCUGGGAGACCCAAAAAACUGAGAAGAAGGGAAGCUGAUGAACAUGUCAGUCAUUCCAAGCUGUCAAAGAAAAAUCUUAUCAUGAAGUGCAGCAGGUGUAAGCAGAUGGGACACAACAUUAGGAGCUGUAGAAAGGGAAUCAGGCACAGAAAGGCACAAUCACAAGGAACUCCAAGUGUUAGUGCACCUAGCAGCGCUGCAGGACCAUCUACCCAAAGCUGCAGUAGUAGAAGAUCCAGACUGAGGGUUGCUGCAAACAUGAACCAGGGAGAAAGACCACCAACAACCCAAACCAGAAGCAUGGCUGCACAAGUGAUAGGGUCUCAAGCAAGUACUGCAACCUCUGAACCCACGUGA